CGAACAAACUUCUUUCUUGCUAAACUUUAUUGGCAAAGCAAAAGGAGCGCAGUCACUGAAACUACAAGUCCCAGUUCCCUGCGCGCCCUCCCGACCAAUCCGAGUUCAGGAGAAUUUAUUUUGGCGCUACAGGGCCGCGCGGGCGGCUUUUGUGGGACGAAGAAGCGGGUGGCGGUAACCCGCAGUCACAAACACAUUUUAUUUGGGGGAACAAAAUUAUCCAGACCAGAGCCCCGAUUCCCGCAGUGGAAAGCACCAACCCCCCGGAAAUACCUCCCCCCGGUGGCCUGAGACAAUACAACACCCGGAUAUCGAAUUAUUAGCGCCCCACAGUCAGGCCCUGGGGCCCCGUAACACUGACUGGCGCGUAGGGCCCCUCAGCAGCCGGAUAUUUUCCACCACCAGAGGAACAGAACAGCCCGGCAGCCAUUUUCUUUCUCGAAGCCCGAAAACCUCUGGAUAUUUCCCCCGCACGCCCGGAUUCCAGGUCCUGCAGGGGAGGGGCGCCGGAUAUUACGUCACACACCCGAUUUUUUUUGUAGGCACCCCUCCCCCCUCGUCUCACCCGCGGGUUCCUGUCGCUAAGGCCGAGACACCCUGAUCUAGAAUGGAACAAACUGAAGGCCCUAUGAGAGAAAGGGAAAGCUGAUGAUGCCUGAGCACGACAAUGGAUUUCUCCUUCUCUUUCAUGCAAGGGAUCAUGGGAAACACAAUCCAGCAACCACCUCAACUCAUCGACUCUGCCAACAACCGGCAGGAUGAUGCCAACAGCAGUGACCAGGCUGAUGAGGGUGGGGGCACACCCUACGAUUCUGGCCUGCAGCCAGACUUCCAGUACCCAACCCCCACCACUGAGGAUUUGCCUCCUCUUACUAAUGGCUACCAGCCUUCACUGGGAUAUGAGCCACAAGGCAAAUACCAGACAUAUUCUCAAUAUCCCAAUGGCUCAGCCAAUGGAUACAGUACCAGGAACUAUACUGCUCUGGAGUAUUAUCAUCUGGAGACUGCAGCUUUACGGCCUAUUGAAGGGAUGAGUAAAGCAUCUCCUCCUCAGCCCACUUCCCCUCCCAAGCUUCUCCAAGCUCCCCCAUCUUCCACUACCACCCCUCAGAAGAAGACAGGCUCCCCUGAAAUUAAGUUGCGAAUCACUAAGACUAUUCAAAAUGGUCGUGAGAUGUUUGAGUCUUCACUGUGUGGAGAACUCCUUCAUGAAUUUCAGGCUAGUGAGAUGACCAGGAAGAAACAUGAACGGAGGAAAGAAAGGCGGGAGAAAAGAAAAAAGACCCGGCAUCAUCAUCACCAUCACCACCAUCAUCACCACCACAGCGAAGAGGUGAAGUCCGAAGAGCAACAGCCAACCAAGAUAAAGAAACUGGAGCCUCCUCCAGAGGAGGAGCAUGUACAGAAGCACUUACCAGUUUCCCCACUCUCCCCUGAGGUCAGAACUGGUGUUUGGUUCCAUGUGGGAGACUUAGUUUGGUCUAAAGUGGGGACGUUUCCUUGGUGGCCCUGUAUGGUGUCCUGUGACCCCCAGUUACAUGUCCACAGCAAGAUCAAUACAAGAGGUGCUCGGGAAUACCACAUGCAGUUUUUUAGUAGUGAGCCAGAGAGGGCCUGGGUACAUGAGAAGCGAAUGAGGGAAUACCGCGGUGAACAACAGUAUGAGCAACUAGCAGCAGAAGACUCUGCCAAAGCAUGCAACCAAUCAGAUAAGCUCAAGAUGAAGAAACCACGGCCCCAGCGAGAACGUGUGCAGUGGGAAAUAGGAAUUGCCCAUGCAGAAAAGGCUUUGCGGAUGACACGGGAGGAGAGGAUAGAGCAAUACACCUUCAUCUAUGUGGAUGAAGAAAAAAACCCUGAACCCAAAAAACCUGUAAAUGUGGGCAAAAAGAGUCGGCGGUCUACCUCCAGCAGUGAGCCUGAUUCGAACCGUCUGUCUGAAGUUUUACCCUCGCCUCCCCGUCAGCCUCCCCCGCCAUCUCCAAUCUCCCAUAAUAAUAAAGACUCUCCAGCUGAACACAGGAGGCAAAGUCAGAGGAAACAGCUGCACGAAGAGGAGCAUCCGAUGCCACCAGCAAAAACACCAUGGAAGACUGCAGCCGCUCGCAAGUCGCUUCCUGCUUCAGUGCUACUGCAUAGGGGUACGCUUGAUCUCCAGAAGUGCAACAUGUCCCCUGUGGUGAAAAUUGAGAAUGUCCUUGCUUUACAGAAUGCUACAUCUGAGGGAUUUGAACAGUUCAUAUACACAACAAAGGAAGUCGGUAACAAGACAGAAAUUACUGUCAAAGCCCCAGAAAAGGCGUUUGCACCCUCCCCCAACCAGAAGUCUGAGAAAUCCUCGGCACAGCACACGCCUGCUCCGGAAACAUCGGGGGCCACAGGACCUUCAGAGAAGAAGCAUCAGAGAAGGUCCAACCGGACUCGGUCGGAAUCUGAGAAAUCACUAGACUCCAUGCCAAAGAAGAAAGUCAAGAAGGAGCAGGCAGAAGACACCCCUCUUACUGCAGUUCAGACUGGGCUUCAAAAAGGAGCCAGUGAGAUUUCCGAUGCCUGCAAGCCUCUGAAGAAGAGGAGCCGUGCUUCUACUGACGUGGAGCUAGCAAACUCCUCCUACCGCGAUGCUUCAGACUCUGACUCCCGUGGCCUCAAUGACACACAGAUCGAGAAGCAGGUGGACAGUCCAUCAGCCGCAGCAGAUGCAGAUGCCUCAGAUGUGCAGUCUGUUGAUUCCAGUAUUUCACAGAGAUCGAGCAAGAGAGACUCUGUAUGCCAGAUCUGUGAAAGCUUUGGAGAGUCAUUGGUGUUAUGCGAUGGGGAGUGUUCUCGCUUAUUCCAUUAUGAGUGCUUAGGGAUGGAUGUGCUACCAGAUGGGAAGUUUAUAUGUAUGGAGUGUAAAACAGGCCUCCACACCUGCUUCUCCUGUAAGAUCCCUAGUACAAGUGUAAAGCGAUGUUCGGCUCCAUGCUGCGGAAAGUUUUACCAUGAAACCUGCGCCCGGCAGUACUCUGCCACCAUCUUUGAUUCUAAAGGCUUUUGCUGCCCACACCACUGUUGUAGCUCCUGCACUGCCGACAAGGACCCUUACAGAGCUAGCAAAGGCCGCAUGCUAUGCUGUGUACGGUGCCCGGUGGCAUACCAUAAUGGGGAUAGCUGCAUUGCUGCAGGCAGCCUCCAUCUUUCGUCAAACCUCAUUAUCUGCAGCAACCAUUCCAAGCGCAGUGGCCAUGCCUGUUCAGCUGUUAAUGUGGGCUUCUGCUUUGUGUGUGCCCGAGGGCUGAUAGUUCAGGAUUAUUCCCUGGUCAGUUCUAUGUCCUUUAAGUCCCACUUUCUACUGACUGACUCAAAGCGUGCAGAGUUGAUGAAAAUACCUAUGAUUCCUUCUUCCUCGCCAGCUUACAUAAAGAGAUCUGAGAAAGGAGGUGGCAAACUCCUGUGCUGUGACUCAUGUCCGGCUGCCUUCCACCCAUCCUGCCUCAACCUGGAGAUGCCUCAAGGCUCCUGGAGCUGCAAUGACUGCAGAAGUGGCAAGAAACUGCACUACAAGCAAAUUGUGUGGGUCAAGCUGGGCAACUACAGGUGGUGGCCUGCAGAGAUCUGCAACCCAAGGUCUGUUCCUUUUAAUAUCCAAGGCCUGAAGCACGACAUAGGAGACUUCCCCGUUUUCUUCUUUGGAUCACAUGAUUAUUACUGGGUGCAUCAGGGCCGUGUGUUCCCCUAUGUAGAAGGAGACAAGAGCUUUGCUGAGGGCCAGACCAGUAUUAAUAAGACCUUUAAGAAAGCUUUGGAAGAGGCAGCUAGGAGAUUCCAGGAGCUGAAAGCUCAGCGAGAAAGCAAGGAGGCCCUGGAGAUAGAGCAGAACUCCAGAAAACCACCGCCUUAUAAGCACAUUAAGUCCAAUAAACCUGUAGGGAAGGUCCAGAUCCAACUGGCGGAUGUGUCUGAAAUCCCCCGCUGUAACUGUCGCCCAACUGAUGAUAAUCCCUGUGGCCUGGACAGCCAGUGUCUGAACCGCAUGCUGCUGUACGAGUGUCACCCACAGAUCUGCCCGGCAGGUGAGCAUUGCCUCAACCAGAACUUCACCAAACGACUGUACCCAGAGGCGGAGAUCUUCUUCACAGAACGGAGGGGAUGGGGGCUCAGGACCAAGAGGAACAUCCGCAAGGGUGAGUUUGUGAAUGAAUACGUGGGGGAGCUGAUCGAUGAAGAAGAGUGUAGGCUGCGAAUGAAGCGUGCCCAUGAAAAUGGCACCACCAAUUUCUACUUACUCACUGUCACCAAGGAUCGCAUCAUAGAUGCUGGGCCCAAAGGCAACUAUUCUCGCUUCAUGAACCACAGCUGCAAUCCCAACUGUGAGACGCAGAAGUGGACAGUGAAUGGGGAUGUCAGAGUAGGGUUAUUCUCCCUGUGUGACAUACCUAAAGGGGCAGAGUUGACGUUUAAUUACAAUCUGGACUGUUUAGGGAAUGGUCGGAGGGAGUGUCAUUGUGGGGCUGAUAAUUGCAGCGGGUUUUUAGGAGUAAGGCCAAAGACAGCUUGUGCCACAGCGACAGAGGAAAGGUCGAAAAACGCUCGUCUAAAGGCAAAGAAGAGGAAACUAAAGACUGAGCAGAAGCAAAUGCAUGAAGAUUUCUGUUUCCGGUGUGGGGAUGGAGGCGAGCUGGUGAUGUGCGAUAAGAGAGACUGUCCAAAAGCUUAUCACCUCCUCUGCCUUAACUUGACUCAGCCUCCUUAUGGGAAAUGGGAUUGUCCGUGGCACCAGUGUGACAUUUGUGGAGCUGCUUCAUCAUUUUUCUGUGAUUUCUGUCCUACAUCCUUCUGCAGAGAGCAUGAAAAAGAGUCCCUGGCUUCUUCAGCCCUGGAUGGGAGACUCUGCUGCUCAGACCACGACCCUAGACGCCCUCUGGCCAAUGGGCACAGGAACAAGAUUAGAUGUAAAACAGAGAGCGAUGACUCCUUGUCCCCCCCACAGUUAUAAAGCAGGUGUGGCACCCACUUAACUCCGACAGAACAGACAAGAAAUCUCUCCCCGUCAACAUGAAGUGCACACAUUGUAUACGUUUGCAGCGGGAUUGGAUUGUCCAUGUCCUUUCUGUGUCUUCAAGUCGUCCUUAUUGGUUUUUAUUUUUUGGGUUUUUUUUGUUUUUUUUUUACUGGUAAGACAUUAUUCCUCUUUUUUUCCCAAGGUUGUGGUAAGCAGAUAUUGUAUUUAUUCUAUUUAUUCUUUUAUUAUUAUUCUUUUAUGGAUUAUAAAAAGAAAAAAAAAAUCAAGUCUGGCGCAGGUAACCAGUUUCUUGAAUUUAGUACCGAAGAAAAGACGGAGUGACGUUUGGUAAAUGUUUAUGGAACGAUAUUCCCGAAGCAAAUUUCAGUCUCCUCUUCAUAACUUCCAGAGUAUGCCUAAAAAAGUACUUGCAGGGGGAAUAAAAAGGCACUUAUUCCGCCGACGCUUCAAGAGCAUUCGUUGAAGGAUGUGUAUUUAUGUCAGCAGAUUUCAAGCCCCCACCAUGUUAUUUCCAUAAAGUUUUCUAGGAACAGAACAAGAGAAAGGGCAGCUGUUUAGCCCUGUGUCAGUUUCUGAAGGAUCAUAUGAAGACAUGAAACUAUAUUCCCUGUCACUCCUAAAUCAGAGAAGUGAAGUUGUACUACAGUGAAAUGGCAAUGUCCUGUCACUUUCAGCAUUCUCAUAAGAGGACAAAUGUGGAAAUCAUUCUCCAAAAUAAUAGAACCUGUUGCUUCUAGAGUACCAAUAAGCGACACAUAUUGGCUGUCUUUCAUCACAAAUUUACAUGCUGUACAUUCAAGUUUCAAUAUAAGUUCAGGUGCUUUCAGCCCAAGUUAUACAACCAUCAACAAGAUUAAUUCAUAAGAAAUGUCAACCUGUAAGGGGGUUAUUCACGAUUGUAGGUGCUUUUAUUAGUGUUAUCGGCACUUCACUCAUCAAAGCUGAUUGGUUGCUGUGAUUUUAGUUAUGUAUGUCCCGUUGCCCCGUAGUGUGCUCUCCUAUAUGCUUUGGCAAUAUACGUUAUUUGUGUUAUGUUGGUUUCAUGAUAUUAGCAGUUUUUACACUGCCCCCCUGCUGUUUUGUUUGGGUGGUUGGCCAGACAGAAUGGCAAAAGCAUCUUCUGACUCUUGCUCAGUAUAGUCGCUCCUAUCAUAAUGAGCCAUAGAACUGAGCAUUGAAACAACAGGAGGCACUUCCUGUAUCAGUGAUUUCAGUUUUUGAUUUUUUUUUUGUUAACCAGCCACCUGGAUGGAAGGGGGGGGGCACUCUUAUUUUACUUUUAAUCAUGAUAUUACCAGUGUAACUGCUAAUAUGAAAGAAGAAAUAAUAUCCAUAUGAAUGCUAAAAACAGCUAAUUUGGAUUAUUUUUGCACAGGAACAAGUGAGUCUGCCUCUAAAUGAUUUACUCAUUUCGGAUCCGGAUUUAAAGGGAUAAGGGGGGCAACCUGAAGACCAGAUUAGGUUCCACAGACCUACUUUACGAUUUCUGUGGCUUUUAACUGGCAUAUGUACAAUGGCAAUCACUGCUUAAAGGAGAAGUUCAGUAGUUUAUGAAAGAGUGGUGUUCUAAGACAACUUUGCAUUUGGUCUUCAGUGUUAUUAUCAGAUCUUGUAACCCAUAGCAGCCAAUAAUAUGUUGGUGAUUCUGAUUGGUUACUCUGUAGCACUUUUAUUUGAUGGGAAGAAGCAAAUUAUAGACUCAACCCUAACAAAGACCAGCUAUUAAGUUGCUCACAUGACUUAUUUGCAAGAUAGUAGUUGAUCUUCCCUGUUCCGUUCUAUUAGUCUUACUUGUGCAAUACUGUUACUACCUUCAUACCAUUUUAUUUCCAAUCUAAUUCCAUAGUGUGUAAUAGGGAUGCACCGAAUCCAGGAUUCUAUUCGGGGUUCUGACAGGAUUCGGCCGAAUCCUUCUGCCCCGCCAAACCGAAUCCUAAUUUGCAUAA